AUGUCAGACUUAUCCCACUACGCUAGAAUCGCCCAUUUUCAAGGUUUCACCUAUGGUCUUCGAUCAGCUACCUCGGAAAAUUCAGGAGAUAGGACCGUAGUCGCUGAUCGGAAUUCAUUUGUACUCAAUUAUCCAGGUGAAGGAGAUUGGGGUACUGAUCGACAAUUGGUAUACUCAGCUUAUGGCGGAACCAGCGAACAAGGGUCUCAACUUGUCAGAGCCCUACGUAUCAUGAAAGACGAUGGGAACAUGCAUCCUGCGUCCACAGUGACUUACAAUGGUAAGACUCUUGCACUCAUUGAAAGUGUCAGAGGAAACCCUGGAGCAAAUGGGGAAACUCUCGAGGAAGAUGAAGAGUAUCAUGUUGUUCUCAAGAGAGAAGGUGGAAAUGGUGAUGACCUACAUUUAUUAUUUUCAUCUUACGCUGAGACCUGUUGA